AGAGUAGCUCGGGGUUUCCUGCAGCACGUCCCAACUACGAGCUUGCCACUCACGCUUCUCCUGCUCGCUGUCACAUAUAAGCUGAAGUUCUGACAGCUUUUCAUCAAAGAUUCUCCAUUAAGCUUUGAUUACUUCUACUCAGAAUGAAGGUCGUCGGACUAGUAAUUUGCCUUAUCGGGGCUAUAUUUGCCAAACCUAUUUCAUUUAAUGGCGUCACAGAGUCAAGUGAAUCAAGUGAAUCAUCUCAAACUGGUGGUUCACAUGUUCCACAAUCCAUUCAACAUUCCACCUACCCUCAGCAGUCUCUGGAUGAUCCACGAUCCCAUCAACCUUCCCCCUACCAGAACCACCAGCAGAGCUCUGAAGAAACACCGCAACAUCAGUCUCAAGCUGGAGGCUCAUAUGAUCAACAGUCUUAUCAGCAGUACUUAUACCAAUACUACCAGCAGGCUCAAAGUGAAGGUUCUUAUGAUCCACAAUCCUAUCAGUAUUUUAUGCAACAGUACCAACAGAGUUUGAAUCCAGCUUCUGUGGGUUCUGACAACCAAGUCGUAAGUCAGUCAGCGCAGCACGCAGCUGACAUCAGCGACACCACCAGCGAGGACGGGGACACAGUCAGCAUCGCUGGCGACGCGGCUGACACUGUUGACAGUGAUGAGAGCAGCAGUAGCGAAAGCAAUGAAGCCAGUGACGAGACUGACAGCAGUGACAGCGCCAGCAAUGAAUCCAAUCAGAGCGUCGACGACUCAAAAAAAGAUAGCACCGAGAGCAGUGAGGCCACCAGUAGUGACAGCAACCAGUCUAAUGAAACCACCAAAAGUGACAAUGAUGGACCAAGUCAACCUGAUAACAAAAGUUAUACAAUCAAGAGCACACUGAAAGUUAUUUACAGCAGUGAGAGCAACGGUGAGGAACCUGGUCAGACCUUAGCGGGUAAUAACGGAACAAGCAGCGAGAGCAGUGAAACCAGCGACAACAUUAGUAGUGAAAGCAGUGAAAGCAACAGCAGCGAGAGUGCCAGUGAUGACAGCAACGAAUCCGCCGAGGAUAGCCCCAACCCCAGUAGUGAAAGCCAUCCGACAGUUAAGGUCAGUGAAGUAAGCUAUGCCAUCAAGACCUCAUUGGUAAGCGAUGUGAUUGACAGUAGUGAGAGCGCCAGUCAAGAAACCAUUCAGACCAGGGAUAUUACAAGUAAUGACAACAACAAAAGUGUGACUAGCGACAUCAGUGAUAGCAGCGAGUCCAAUGAGAGCGCCAGUAAUGGAUCAAGUCAGACCAGUGACAAAAGUUCUACCAUCAAGAGCCCAUUGGUAAGUGAAGUUAUUUACAAACGCGGGGGUAUCAUUGAGGAACUUGGUCAGACCGACAAUAGGCAUAAUGGAACCAGCAGUGAGGCCAGAAACGACACCAGUAGUGAAAGCGGUGAAGCAAGUCAAGAAAGCACUGAGACGGACAGCAGUGAAAGUGCUAGUGAUGAAAGCACUGAGUCCAUUAGUAGCCCUGACAGCAGUGACAGCAGCAGUGAAAGCAGCAGUGAAGAGACCAGCAUGACCAGUAAUAGCACCAGUACUGAUAGCAAUCAAAGUGACGUCAGGGAAACUGGUAAGGCCAGUGACAGCAGCGAGUCAACUGAGAGCACCAGCAAUGGGUCAAGUCUAACCGAUGACAAAAGUUACGCCGUCAAAGCCCCUUUGGUUCGUGAAGUUAUUUACAAAAAUGGAAUCAAUGGUGGGGAAGCUGGUCAGAUCAGCAAGGGCAGUGAUGACAGUACAAGUAAUGAAAGCAAGGAGGCAGAUAAGAGUAACAACGCCAGUAAUAUUCCUAGUAGUGAAACCCGUGAUGCAGUCAAGAUCAGUAAGGUCAACUAUGACGUCAAGGCCUCGCUGGUAAGUGUGAAUGACAGCAGUGAGAGCACCAGUGAAGAAACCACUCAGACCAGUGAUAUAAAAAAUGACAGCAGUGAAUCCAGUGACACUAGCAGUCAUGAAAGCAGUGGGUCCAGUGAAAUCAUCAUUAGUAAGAACAGUAAGGCCAGGGACAUCACCGGGCAUGAAAGCAGUGAAUCCAGUGAGACCACCAGUCCGGAAAGCACCACUAAGGACAAGGAAUCCACUAGUGAUGAAAGCAGUGAGUCCAGUGAUACUACCAGUCAUGAAAGCAGUGAAUCCAGUGGAACCUCAAAGGCCAGCGACAUCACCGGGCAUAAAAGCAGCGAAUCCACAGAGAGCAAAAGUCACGAAAGUAGUGAAUCCAGUGCCACCAGUAGUCAGGAAAGCAGUGAAACCAGCAAGGACAGUGACAGCAGUGAAACUAGUAAGGCCAAAGACAACAGUCAUGAAAGCAAUGAGGUCCACCAAAGCAAAGCCACAGACUGUAAUGAUGGGGACGAAAGCUGCGAGAGUGAGGAGUAUUUCUUCCAGGACAUUGGCGACGAUGCUCACUACUCAGUGGACAAUCUCUUGGUGCCAGAUGAAGACGUCAUGGAGUUACAGCUGCGAAGAAGAUGACCUCACAUAAAGCAAGUCUCCCAAAUCAACUGCAAGACUGUUGAAGAUGCUGUUUGGUGGUGACAGGUGGAACAUAAGCUAUUUUUUCUACUCCUGA